AUAGUAUUGAUAGUAUUGGUCUCACGGAAUCACCUACAGGUGCCUCGUGUUCACGCCUCAGGUUGCACUUUGCAACUUGGCUUGCCACCAUUGGCUGCCCUAGCCCACGAGGGGUGCACAUUUUACAAUAUUCUUCAGGUGAAUAAUGCGUUGAUGGCAGGAAGCGAGGUGAAGCGGCGAAGGACUCACGAACGACAUGGUGAAACUAAAGCUUCCAAAUUCCGCAGGCGAUCUGAGGAUGAUCGCGCGACUACGAAGUCCAUCCCAGCCACCGCCGCAGAUCGCUCCGUCGAUAUCGAGGCCCUUCGAAAGGCGAGACUUGACCACCUGUCGAGCAAAGAGAUGCCACAUGAAUACGUGAAGAGAACCAUAACUGUGUCACACCGACACCCAGACAAGGAGAAACACCACAAGGUUCUGCGAGACCAGACAACAGAACGAGAGCCUCCGAAGCCGUCGGGAAGGUCUAGUAGGCGGACCAACGACGAUCGGCAGAGGUCACGGCGAGAGCACAACGAAGAUGACUACGUUUAUUCGCGGAGGACAACAGAGACAGACUCGACGGAUGCGAAGCCUAGGACGAAAGUCCGUGAGUCGAGUCCAGCGAAGAGAGCGGACCGGCCGCGGACAUCAAAGCGCAGCCAUACGGAGCCGCUCAGGCGGCAAAAGUCGCAUGACGAAGUCGAAGAGAAUAGAGAAGAACAUGUCAGCUCUGCUAUCAACACGAUACGGCUCGAACGCGUCUCUUCCAGACGGCGCAGCGAAGUAGAAAGGACAGACACAUUCCCUCGACGAAGCAGCGUUUCCGGUGAGAAAGCAGCACGUCCUCCUUUGAAACGAAGCGCAACAACCACGGUGUCUAGGACCGUAGUCAGUAAUGCACCUUCCCAGCCUCAUACGAAGGCACCAAGCCUGUUCAGCGGCUUUUUGUCUCCAAAUUCCGCCCCAGCGAGAAAAGUUCCAUGUUUGACUUGUGGCGACGACGACGUCCCCAUCACCCACUCUGCCAAACUACCCUGCACGCAUCGAAUGUGUCAUUCAUGCCUGAAGCGCUUCUUCACCAUGUCCGUGAAGGACCCGGCGCAUAUGCCUCCGCGAUGCUGCACCGAUCAGCACAUCGACCUCAAGCACGUUGACAAGCUGUUCGAUCAAAAGUUCAAGGUUCUCUGGAAUCGCAAAUACUCCGAAUUUAAGACGAAGAACCGAAUAUACUGUCCAGCUCGAAAAUGUGGCGCAUGGAUCAAACCAUCCUACAUUACCAAGGAGAACGGUCGCAAAGUGGGACGAUGCAAACAAUGCAAAACUCGAGUCUGCGGCAUCUGUUCGCAAAAGAUGCACAGCUCGCGCGACUGCCCCAAGGAUCCCGAGACAAAGGCCUUCGUCGAAGUCGCGAAAGAAAAGGGCUGGCAACGUUGCUACAGUUGUUCUGCCAUGGUUGAGCUCAAGGAAGGAUGCAAUCACAUGACAUGUCGUUGCACGGCCGAGUUCUGCAUGGUUUGUGGUCUGAAAUGGAAAUCUUGCGAUUGUCCAUGGUUCAACUACGAAGCUGUCGAUGCGCAUCUGGGCGACCCGCUACGUUAUCAACAAGAAAUGGAAAGACGGCGGGAUCAGGAGCAACGUGACGAGGCUUUGGCGCGCCGCAUGCAACGAAUGGGUUUGGGCAACGCAGUUCAAGACGAUGGCUAUGGAGUUGGCAACGCCGCGAAUCACCAUAUGAACCAGAACUUUAUACAGCAGGCAAGGGAGGCGCUGACCGCUAACUACGCGAACGCGGAACAGGCUGCGCGAGGACUCAUCAACGGGUUUGUUAUGGGGAGAGAGAACCGCCUGCCCGGAAUACCUUCGCCGAUGGAUCAGACUAUGGACAUGCUGGGACAGGCGCCUCGCCCAGCUCGAGAUCCGGCGGAAGAGGAUGCAGAUGUGCAUGAUGGUCGUCGACCUGUACGACGAGUCACGGCGCGACGGAGGAAUGUUGUGGGUGAUGGGGAUGGCGGACAUCACGUCGCUCGGGAGACGGAUCAAGAGAGACGUAUGCGUGCGUGGGCGGAUAGUGUUCCUGCAUAUGCAUGAGAGCGGGACGGUGUGUCGGACUGGAUCUGUCGUGAAGAUUGACUAAGUCUGGUGGGAAUUCAUGGGGUGUUUCGGCCGGGGAUAUUGUAGGGGCUGGCUGUGCUUGGAAGGCCUUGUUUACUAACGACUAUAUGAUAUGAUGACAACAGAUAUAAUGACCAACUUGGGAGCGAUUUCUUCGGAUACUGGACGCU